AUGGGCUGCCUCCACAUAGCGCUCGUCGCCAUCGCCGCCGCGUCGUGCCGCGCCGCCAGCCUGGACGCGGCGACCCUCGAGCGCUGCGCGGCGUCGCCGAAGGGCGCGGGCGGCGACGUGCUCCUCGUCACGGGCGUCGUCGCCGCGCGGCGCUACGCCAACGGCACGUCGUCGUCGCCGCGCGCCAGGUUCUGGCGGGCCGUGGCGAACGCGGGCGCGAAGGGCCCGCUCGCGGGCGCCGUGCUCGACGCCGCGGCGGCGCAGGCGUCGAGCGUGGGCCUCGAGGCCGCCGUCGCGGACGCCGCGGCCGCGGCCGCGGCGAGCCGACCCGGCGGCCGGCUCCCGGGCGCGUCCGUCGUCGUCACCGUCGACGGCGGCGAGACGGCCGCGCACGUCACCGCCGGCGAGGACGCGACGGCCGCCGCGGCGCGCUUCGUCAAGUUCUGGCAAUUGGACGGCGCCGCGACGCCGGCGCUCGCGGCCGCGCUCUCCGCGGCGCGCGCCGAGGAGACGGCGCGCCUCGAGGCCGACGCGGCCGCGGCGCGCGCCGCGCGGGACGCGGCGGCGGCGACGAGCGUCGAGGGCGCGGCCUGGUCACCGGCGGCCCUCGCCGAGUUCCUGCGGCUCGCGGCCGCGGCCGUCGCCGCGGGCGGCGCGCGCGCGGCGGCCGCGGACCGCGUCCGCGCCGCGGCGGCCGGCGCGGGCGGCGCCCUGCGGCUCCUGGAGCGGGGCCCCGUCGCGGACCUCGCGCGCGCGCGGCGCGCCUUCGCCGACGCGUCGCGGCGGCUCCGGCGCGACGAGUUCUCCGCGGCGGACGCGAGCCGCGCGCGGCACCAGGCGCAAUACGCCUACGACGUCCUCAACACGACGGCCGCCCUCAAGAAGCGCGACGACGCCGUCGCGGCCAUGCAAAAGGCCGAGGACCGCGCGCGGGACGCGCGGCGCGCGGCCGCGGGCGUCGAGCCCGUGUCCGCCGUCCAUCGCGCGCGCGAGGACGCGGUCCACGGCAUGCUCGCGCGCGCGCGGCGCGACCGCGAGGCCCAGGAACGGGCCGUCGCCGCCGCGGCGCGGUCCGUCUUCGUCGGCCUCUGCGAGGCGUCGCCGGAGCGCCCGGACCUGCGGUGCGACGCCGACGACCGCAAGUGGCUCGACGGCAAGCUCGCCGUCGCCGGGUCCGCCUAUUUGGCGGACGCGGCGCCCUUCGCGCACCGCGCGGCCGUCGCCGCGGAGGAGCUCGCCGAGGCCGAGGCGUCCUUCGACGCCGUGGACCGGCGCUUCGAGCGCCUGCCGCGCCUCGACCGCAAGGAGACGUUCGGGUUGCGGGGGCUCGUGGCGCCCUUUGUGUACGGGCGGCCGGACCACGCGACGACGGACUGCAAGGACUGCCGCAAGGGGCUCGCCGAGGCCGCGUCGAAGCUGAACAAGGCGCUCCUCCUCGACAAGGACGGCGGCCGCGUCGCGGACGACUUCGUGCGAACGGCGACAAGCAAGGCGACGACGUACUUCUCCACCUACGGCGCCGUCGACUGGAACCACAAGGACAUCCUGGAGAACCCGUCGAAGCGCAACGCCGCCGUGGCCCGCGCGUUCAAGGACGGCGCGUGCCGCGUCAAGGGCGACGCGUCUUCGACCGUCGGCCGGAAGCGCGUCGACAAGCUGUGCGCGCCCUGGUCCGCGCUCAAGCACGAGAUGCGGAGCGCGCUCCGCCGGCUCCGGGGCCGCGCCCGGGCGACGACGGCGACGCUCGCGGCGCUCGAGCCCUGGGCCGCGGCCGCGGGCCGCGUCGGGAACGCGUCCGGCGACGCGGCCGUCGUCGCGGCCUACGCGGCCGCGCGCGAGGCCGCGGCCCGCGCGGCGCGGACCGCCGAGUUCGAGCACGAGCGGACCGUCGACGGGUCGCCGGGCUUCGUGCCCGAGAACGGCACGGACGCCUACGGGAACCUGAGCGCGAGCCUCGGCGAGGCCGCGGACCGGCACCGCGCCGUCGCGCAGGCCCUCGCGACGGACCCCGAGGCGCGCGCGCUCGCGAGCCUCGACGCGGCCGUCGCGGAGCUCAACGCGACGCUCGCGCGCGAGGCGGCCCUCGAGGCCGACGCGCGCGCCUACGUCGACGCGCGGCCGUCGGAGAAGCUGCUGAUAGCGGCGCGCGACGCCGAGAACAGGCUCGCGCACCUCGCGGGCGAGGCGAAGAAGGCCGGCUUCGCGCUCCAGGACGCGCUCGCCGCGGCGGCGGCCGCGAACGCGCUCGGCCCGCCGCCGUCGCGCGAGGACGCCGACGCGCUCCGCGAGGCCUACCGGCGCAGCCUCGCGGCCCACGGCGCCGCCGCGGGCGCGCUCGAGGCCGCGGAGGCCGCCGUCGGCGCGGACGUCGCGGCGGACGCGCACGACGCCGUCGCGGCGCUCGCCUUCGCGCUCGACCGGCGCGUCGACGCGCCGUCCGUCGCCGCGGCGCACCGCGCGCGCCAGCUCGCGGCGCUCCUCAAGACGGCCGAGGUCGCCGCGUCCUGCGCGCCGGACGUGCGCGACGGCGCGCCGCCGCCGGGCGCGGGCGCGGGCGCGCGGCUCGUCGCGCGCCGCGCGGCGGGCGUCCUGAGCCUCGCGGCCCCGAACGCCGCGCGGCGCUGGGUCGCCGCGCUGCCCUGCGGCUUCGAGGUCGGGCCGCGCGCGGCCUGGUUCGGCGCCGCGGCGGACGCCGCGCUCGGCCUCGCGGUGCUCCGGGGCGAGGCCCACGUCGUCGCCGGCCCGGCGCCGCGCGGCGCGCUCCGGUUCUGGCCGGGCAGCCCGCCGGACUUCGCGCCGGCGGACGGCGCGUGGCUCCUGCGGCGCGACGGGGGGGCGUAG